CGCGCCUACCAUAAUGGCGCUUCCGCAGUGGACGGUGUAUUUACUUUGUAUUGCUUCGAUAUGUGGAGGUGUUUACAUCUGUCGUGUUUUUAAAUGUGCCAGAAAAAGUUCAUGGAAAAAUAGUCUGAUCGCUAGACUGAUGGCUCGCACAGAGAAACCACUGUUUUGGAUAGCGUACUCUCUCUAUACAAGGACCAAACUGGGGUACAUGUUUCAUAAGAGGCAGAUGCGGAAAGCACGGGAGCGUUACCCCACCGGACACUCCAGAGCCCAACCCACUAUCAUCAACGGCAUCAAGAUAAUACCAGUGCCCAUCUUAUCAGACAAUUACAGCUAUGUGGUCAUUGACACUGCCUCAAAUCUGGCUGUCGUGGUGGACCCCGCUGACCCCCAGCCUGUUCAGGCAUGCCUAGAGGAAGAGGGGGUGACAUUACAAGCUGUUCUCUGCACACACAAACACUGGGACCACAGUGGAGGGAACAGGGCUUUAAAGAGACGCUACAGUUCCUGUCAAGUGUAUGGGAAUGCUAUGGACAACAUUCCAGGCCUCACACACCCCCUGUCAGACAAAGACACUAUAGAUUUGGGAACUCGGCUGCACUUCAGGGCCUUUUUCACACCUGGGCACACAGUGGGUCAUGUGAUCUACCUGCUUGAUGGCCGGGCGAUCGGUGGCCCCAGCAGCUUAUUUUCAGGGGAUCUUGUAUUCCUCUCUGGAUGUGGGAGAAUGUUUGAGGGUAAUGCCUCAACUAUGUUGUCAUCUCUAGACACAGUGGGAUCACUAAACGAUGACACUCUGCUUUGGCCUGGGCAUGAGUAUGCAGAAGAUAACCUGCUGUUUGCUGCUGAGGUGGAGCCUUGCAAUGUUGUGCGGGACCAGAAGUUGCAGUGGGUGCUUCAACAGAGGGGUCAGAGAUUGUGCACGUGUCCAUCCACUCUGGCAGAGGAGAAGCAGUACAAUCCCUUCUUGCGGAGUCACAGCCAGGAUCUCCACUGUGCUCUCGGCCUACAGCAAAAGCAGGACGAGGACUGGACUUCAUAUCGGGCCCGUGUAUUAGAGGAGCUCCGUAGACGAAAGGACAUUUAUAAGGGCCGAUAAGGCCUUGUUUCAUAGAGCUGUUCAGCAGUGACGUCAGUUUGUAGCAGUGGGUUUUUAUAAUGGGAUUUUUCAAUUUAUGAGUAAAAUAAGGUCUGUGGUAAAACAUACUUUUUUUUUAUUUUGAAGAUACUUCGAUGUUUUGUUCUGCAACAUAAUUUACACACAGUCAUACCUCAAACAUACAUUUUUAAGCUGCUGUGUUUUAAAAAUACAUUUAUGUUGCUAGAUAAAGACUACAAAUACCACAAGCAUGUGAGUGUAUGUGCCUGACCAAACACAAAACCAUAGUAGGUCUUAUCUAGCAACUUGUUUGCAAUACAUUCUUUUUCUAUUUUUUAAAAUAUGGCGGCUUUAAAAUUCACAUUUGGGAUAUGCUUGUUUGUAAUUUAUGUAUUUAUGUUAACAUCCAAUUAUCUUAAAGUAAUGUUUACCACAGACUUUAUUUUAUUAAUAAAUUCAAAAUGUGUGAUUAUAAAAACCCAUAGGAAAAUCCUGAGGGAACCCAUGGCUCGAAAAUGCUAAUUCUCUUCUGUGUUUUGGACUACAACUUGAGCUGCUCUAUUGGGAUUUGGAGGGAGAAAACACUAAAACCAUUCCAAGCUAAACAUGCAGUGUUCCCUGCAUAAAAGUGCGUUGGAUCACUUUAAGAUGAAAGCACUAAUGUGAAUUUGAACGGUUUUGUGUGAGAGUAAAAUGCAUAGAAAUGUAGAUUUGGGCAUUAUUUUAUUUUUUUUAUUAUUUUUUUUUUUUUUACUUUAAAGUUUUCUUAGACUGUGAGCACCAUUGUCUGAAAUUUAACAUUUCUUUAAUGAAGUAUUAAUAACAUCCAACAGCGCUUGUUUCUGACCCUUGACACUUUGUGUUGGAGAUCCCACAUUUUGAAUGACCAGCUAUUAGAAUACUUAUGGUACCAGAAGCACUGAUAUUUAUGAAAGUUUUGUGAUAAAACAAACCCAUGAAUCAUUAACAAAAAAGUGACUGUCUUCAUUGUGUUGCACCGUGAGAGAUUGCGCAAUUAUAUCAGAGAUUAUUUAGCAGAGACGGGCCACUUCUAUUAAAAUGAAUGGGAGAAAUUGGAACGCUCAACCAAGGAGCUCUGAGCGCCCAACGGUCAACGGAUGUAGAAAGAAAGUCCUGCCUUACAGUAAAAGAGCCAAUCACAUUUUAUAUACAGACAUCGCCUGUCAAUCAACUCUAGAACGAGCAUGCGCAUUAGCUAUAUAAGCUGGGACAUUUUUUUUUUUUUUUUUUUUUUUUUUUUUUUUGGUAAUAUGAGGUAAAGAAUCACAAUUUAUGAGACCAGUAUUGUCAGAUUUGAUUGCUGAUUUGAAAUAUGUUCUUUGAUCGUAAUCAUGACCAACCGUUUUUGAGAUUUUGAUCUUUCCCCAUUCAAGUAGAUAGGAGCUGCACUGAUAUGACUGGAAAUAGCCUCACGAGAGUGUUCCAAAGAUGACCGACAGUGGACUGACUUACUAGAAAGACUUUUAUAAGAAGAUUUAAGGUACUAUUUGACAACUUCGUAACCAAGGAGACCAAAGAUGCUAGUAAGUUUGGGGCAUGAGCGAAAAACACAUCUAGACCCUUAAUAAAAUGGCUUAAAGACCUUUAUAUAGUUGCUGCUAGUACUAUUUUCUGUCUGCUAUUUUGGGGUCAGGGACCAUCUGUUAAUGGCAUCAGAGGUAAACUGUUGAGAGUCCCUAACAUACAUACGGUUGUGUUGUAAUAUUAUUUUGUUUCUUUUCUGUGCAAUUUGAAUCCUUCAAAACUGCAUGAUGGAGGAUGAAGUGCAGUGCGCUUUGUUUUUUCUUUUAGUAUCAUCUCAGCCUUUAAAGGUGCACUCAGUAUUUUUUUUAUUUUCAUAAUUAAAGUUUAACUCCUUAAAAAAUAACUAAGUUUGAAACAUAUGUAUAAGACCAUGAUCACACACAUGAUAUGAAGACUCCAGUCAUAUCAGUAACCUUAUAAAAGGCUGUUUAAAUCUACAGAGAGAGGGUCCCCUCAUGGAGACUGCCAUCAUGAUCAAACAAUAAGUCACUUAAAGGGUUAGUUCACCCAAAUGCCAAAUCAUUUACUCACCCUUAUGCCAUCCCAGAUGUGUAUGACUUUCUUUCUUCAGCA